AACUUCUGAUUAUUUUGAACCUUUCAAAAGUUGUAUUUCAAUCCAUUACAAUCUUAAAAGCAUAAUAUUAAUUUUUCUUCACAUAGACUACAGUAAUUUGUGUUUUAUACAAAUAAAUCCAUUGAGGUCGCAGGGUUUUAAACCACAUAGGAAAAAUACACCAUGCUAGCAAAAUUCAAAAUACAAUGUUAGUUUUGAAGAUGCAGUGAUCAAACCAUCAUUUUACUUUACCAUGCACAUGAUUGCUGGAAUGGAACGUGAUCAACUUGAUGAGAUAAUUCAUAGUUCUUUGUUGGAACUUGUAUUGACUUCACAGUGAAAUCUUAUUGCAAAGUUUCCAUUUAGGGGAAACUUCAAGUUAAUAAAAACACGGUGUCAUUCCAUUCCCUCUACAUUUGCUGGAUGAUAUCAAUCUGACGACAUUCCAUCCACGAUUCUGCACAUAUAAACCCCCAGUAAAUAAAUCAGAUAAGAAAAAAAGGGAGAAGAAGAAGAAGAAGAAGGAGCAAAGCCCAGAGACCUAAAUACCUGAAGUGCAAGACAAUUUGCCAGCUCCCGAAAACCGACACCACCGACUGUCGGUGAACGGAAAUGCCGAUGGCAGAAGUCAACGAGUUGGCGGUGAAGAUGGAUUCCGAGGGAGGAGGUAGGGAUGAAAGAUCACGAGCUCCAUGGAUUUUAAGCGACAAAGUGGCCAUUGCACAAUGCCGAUUACCCAAGUGGGCCUCGCCUAGUGGAACCAUGAGUUCCAAAACUAGGGAUGCAAUUGUGCCGGGGGGUGAGAAAUGGGCCGGAGCUGGCCUUCAAUACGGGAUUCUUUCGUUUCCGAAUGCUCGGGACCUCAUCACUCCCGGCGAAUUCGGGCGAGAAUUUCAGAACCUGCGCAGACAUGAUAUGAUGGAUAUAAUCUGGGAGCACGUCACAGAUCUGAGCGCCAACAAGCCUCCGCUUGUACCCACACAGAACGCAAAGUUCACGAAAUUGGUUGUGUGGGCACCGGGAAGCAUGUUUGCCGACCCCGACACAAACACAUACUUCGUUUAUCAUCCGCUGGUGCUUGAAACGAGGAACAGGAAACCCAACGGCUCUAAAUCUUGGCUGCUGGUGGGAUAUAACGACGAGCAUGGCACAGGAGAUGAGAAUCGAGACUGGACCUCGUUGCCUUCAAUAGACUUCCUUCCCGAGCACGAAAGCUUGAACAACAGAAGAAUCAUUGCUGGAUCCGCAGGAUUGCUUGUGAUUAGUGCGGGACAGCAAGGAUUGAACAGAAAACUGUCCGUGGAAGGAGUGAAGCAAACACCGAACGAAAGGUUUUGGAAACAUCCGGAGAUAUACAGAAGCGGUCAAUCUAUCGUGUUUGUGGCGAAUCCUCUGACACGAGAAUACAUUAUCUUACCACCGAUUCCGGGGCGACUGAUGCACAACAAAAUCGGAAGGUUCAUCUGGCGGAACAAGGAACGCACUUCAUAUGUGCUGGUGUUGGUGGGAUGGGAUGUGGAGAUCGAUGCUGGACCUCAACUCCAUCAGUCGAGGAACAAAAGCACAAAAUGCGCUCUACAGACCAACAUGGGCGAAACUCGAGAGACGAUAGCUUUGUUCGUAUACUGCUCCGAGGAAAGGUGUUACAUUUACGGCGAUGAAAUUCGAGGCAGGCCGAGCUCGCUCUGCAGCAUGGGCAACUCAGGCGUUGCAACGAUCGGUCACGGAGUGUUCGUGGGGGGUAUGAAUACUCCGCGACACACAACAUCUACAAACCCCCUAACUCCAUGCGUCUACUAUUUCAACAUCAGCGAUCAUGCUAAAAUGAAGAAGCUCAUUAUCCCGUUUUUCAUUAGCGAUCCUCCGCGCUCCAUGCCUCUCGAAGCGCCUAAGGUUGUACAAGCGGGUCCGUUGAGGAUCUUCGCGACCACGAGAGCCACAGUGGCGGCGAUCACAGUGUACGUCGUGGAGAUGGUGCUGGAUGAGCACGAGCAAGCGUUUCAGAAGUUCAAGGUGGUGGCAACCAUGCCGAGGAAGUUCUACCACAGACUGAUGUCGAAGUCGCCCUGCAACCAGGAAUACUCGGUGAGCAGCUGCCACGGUGUGAUCAGCUUUAUGGCUUCCAGGACACCAGUGUGUGUUGUUCGAUUCCAUGUUGAUCGCCUCGCAUGGUCCAGUUCGUGCUUUCCUCGGCAAAUGCCCUCCUCCGAUGCCUUCUCUUGCCAAUACCACCUCGUGGAUGCUGCCUCCGAGCCUAGCUUCCAUGCAAAACCGUGAGUUUUGAUGACACCCACAAAACUGUUAUGUUGCAAAUUGCUGAAGGGAAUGGUGCGUGUGUGGGUGGGUUGUGUGUGAUUAAGGGUUGUUGGAAAAAGAGCUUCUUUGUGCUCAUCUGCCAGUUCUCAAAUGGGUGUUAAUAUGCAGCGUUUUCCUACAGUUUCAAUUGAAUGUGUGUUACUGUGCUGCAUUAGAGUGAGAUUGAUGGGUGCUGGCUCUCCCACAGAAUCGAUUAUACGUGAAUUGCAAAACGAGUUGACUUCCUUGUUUGAAACGGAACUUCUGAAUGAAGGUAUUUGCAUUUUACGUAGCUAGCAUUCAUUUGAAUGUGAAUCACAACCAUUUAUUAAU